CAAUAAUAAACCACUUGCCCUUUGAGUCUGAAAGAACGGGAUGUACGGUAGUUGGAAAAGUGCACCGGAGCGUCACUUUCCUCUGGGUCCUCUUUCAGGAGCGUCACAGGCCUCUACAGUCACCAAAGAGUUAAUCGCGCUCUGUGUCGUCAGGUGGACGCUGGCGACGCGCCGGGCGGAGAAACGCUCCCUCCCCGGCCCGCGGGCAAUGGCAGACGGACUGCAGGUCUCACACAGCCGCAACCUGCCGGCCGCUGUCACGCAGUGCUUCUCGGUGGCGGCCCUGUGCACGGCAGUGGCCGAUCCCAACUGGUUCCAGGUCGUGCCGAACGGCUCCUCUCCGCAGAUCUACGGGGUGUCGUACGUGGUGCGGCUGCACGGAAACAUCUCGUCAGAUCCAAACAGUGUCAUGAACUACGAAGGAAUCUCUCUUCUAAUAGUAAUGGCCACAUGCAGUUAUAUUGGAAUACUGACUGGCUUUGGAGCGUUUCUUAUGAGCUUCUUCGGAUUACCGAAGCCAUUUUUGUUUAACAUACCGGUUAUGCUACAUUUUAUAACAGCCAUUCUGGAUAUUGGGUCGCUGGCUCUGUGCUCCUACUUGUUCUUCCAGGUGAAGACGAGCCUGAGGAAGAAGGAGUUUGAGAAGACGGCCAUGCAUACAGCCCUGGGGGAAAGCUAUGUGAUUGCGGUGUUUGCUCUGGUGUUCGCUGUAAUUGCCUUGGCCUUGAGUCUACACAAAAUCGCUCUGAAGUAUGGGAGAGUGCUGGAUAGCAGGACAGAAGAGGAGUCUACGCUAAUCACACCACAGAGCUUUGCAACUCGUGAGGAGAGCAGCUAGAUGAUUUGCACCACAUCGCUGUAGAUUCUGUUGGACUUGUUCGGUUGAUCCUGUGUCCUGUUUGCAGUGCUGCUUUGGGUAGGGUCAGAGAGUGGGCGGAAUGCAGCCCGGACUGAUCGCUCACUGUCCACUGCAAACGGAGCAACGUCUUUGACUGUUCUAAUUAGGGAAGAAAACAGUAGCUUCAAUGUUUGCUUCAUACAUUUUUAAAAAUGUAUUUUUACUUUUUUUGUACAGUUGUCACCAGUUGUUGAAGUGGCUGCUGAAAAGGCUGCUAAUUCAGUGUUGAUUUAAAAUCAAUAAAAGCAGAACCCACCGA